AUGCUGCUGCUGGCGUUGAGCCAUGCGCUGACCAUCCCCACUACGCUACGAGCGCAUCGAGGGAACAACAGGAUCGAGCGGGUGCGAGCCUACUGGCGGAAGGAUGAUGCCUCUCCUCUCGCACGCCGGCUUGACAAGAUCAUUGCCGCGGCGCCGGCGCUCGAGCGGCCAACCUACCAGCCGACGCCGUGGGCGCGCAGCGCAAAGGCCAACUUUGUGCUUGCGACGCUCCGCUCGCGCCUCGCCGCGCUGAGGCGGAACGUCGAGCCGCCGCUCACUGGCCGCACGACAGCGGUGCCGUCGGAGCCGGACCUGGGCGUGGAGUGGACAAAGGACGAGGUCGGCGUCACGCUACCGCCCGAGGCGCCGACAACACUCCUGCAGUCAGAUCUCGGCUGGCACCUCGGCCGCACUUUCUCCGCCGCGCUUCGACGGCAGGCGCCGAUCGUCAUCUUCCUCCACACCAUCACGGGCACGGCGGCGCAGACCCGCUGGCUGAUGGCGGGCGGCGUCGCGCGCGGACGGACAGCAGGACACGUCCAUGACGCGUCCCGGAACACUGUCCCGCAAAGGCGCGACGUCAGUGACGUGCAGCUCCAGCUGGAGGCGGUGCGGCGGGCGCACCCCCGCGCCUCCUUCCUCGGAAUGGUCGGCGUCUCUGCCGGCUCGGGCCUCCUCAUCUCUUACCUCGGCGCCGCCGGCUCCGCUACGCCCGUCGGCGCCGCGUGUGCGAUAUGCCCGGCGUGGGACGUGGGCAGCGCCUUUGGCGCGAUGAGCGAGGCGCUCCCCGCCGCCGAGCGAGGCGUGCGGCCGCGCGCCGCGUCGCUUCACGCGCCCGGCCGUGGACAGGCGCAGCCCGCCGCCGAGCGAGCGAUGCUCGCCCAGAUCCGGAGCCGAUUCGUCCGGCGGAACGAGCGGCUGCUCCGCGCGUAUGACUCUGCGGCGGUCGAUGCUUGCCUCGCCGCGCAGUCGUUGUCCGAUCUGCUCGCCGCGCACGCGCCCUUCGCGAUGCGGCGGCGCGGCGCGACGGGCGACGAGUACUUUGCUGCGCACGACCCGAUGGCGGUGCGGCGGAAUGUGAGCGUGCCGGUGCUAGUGCUCAACGCUGAGGACGACUUUGUGUGCCCCGCGUCGCUCGCCCGCCCGGAUGCGAGAGGCCGCGAGUGGCCGGUGGGACCAUGCGACGUCCGCGACGCGUCCACGACACAGCCUGUAGGCGCCCUCCUCCUCAUCACCAAGUCGGGCUCGCACGUCGCUUUCAACGAGGGGCCGCUCGGGCGCAAAUCCUUCCACACGCGCGUCAGCCUCGACUUCCUCGACGCGGCGCGCGAGCUGGCCGCCGCCGAGGCGGCGAACAGCGAGGCGGGCACGGCGGAGCUGCGCGGCGUGGUGGGCGAGCCGGGCCGGGAGGCGCGGCCGCCGUCGAUCCGGAAGGUAGGGGUUGUGUGA